AUGGACAGUGCAGAAGAAUUAAAGCAAAAUGGCAAAGAUGCUCCAGAAAGACUGGGAAGCCUGGAAGUAACUACCAAAAAGAUGACUGAGGAAUUUAACAGCCAGAGAGCAAAAAUGAAAGAGCUGUUUUUACAAAAAGAAGCUGAAUUAUCAAGGAAAACUGAAGAAAACGCCCUAUUAUUGGAACAAGUAAUAAAGCUUAGAAAUGAACUUGACGAUGUCAAAAGCCAAUUGGUCGUUGAUAGUAUGAGAGAGUCUGACUUUGAAGAUGAAAAACGAAAGGCUGAGGAAGAAAUAGCAUCAUUACAAAGAUUAAUUCACGAAACAGUAGAAGAAUCCAGCUCAUCAAGAAGCUUAUACGAUCAAGAUCUUCAUAAAUUACAAUCAUAUAUUCAAUAUUUGCAAAGGGAAAAUGAGCAUUUGAAAUUGCAAAAUAGUCAAUUUCAAGAACAAGCUACUAGCCAGGAACAUAGCUUAGCUCCUAGUGUUGUCAUCAAUGCGUUAACAAAAGGUUUAGCUAAGAAACUUGAUGCUUUUGGAGGUUCGCAAGAUGACAAAUCCGAAAAAUCCCAAGAAGAUGUGGAGCUAUUAAGGUCUCUAGUGGAUCCACUAGAGGAUCAAAUAAAGGCCCUUAAAGAAAAAUUGCGAUCGACAGAUGAGCAACUGCAAAAAUGUAUGGAGUGUCGGCAUCUUGUAAAUGAACCAAAUCGGUCUGUCAAUCAAACCCCAGAAAAGGUAAAUCUGCAAAAUACCACAGCUACAAAUACGUCAUUCGAAAUUGCAAAGAACGAAAAUCUAACAUGCGAUAUGUGCAGUAAUUAUGAGGCACAGCUAGUCAAGGAACAACAAACUGUUGCAGAUCUUAAUGCUAAACUGCAGUCGGCUGAAAAGGCAGCUGACAGACACAAGGAGGAGCUACUUAAAGAAAUCGGAUUCAGGAAAGAGAUGGAGGAGAAAUGGAAUGAAAAACGGGAAGAGCACAAACAACAGGUGGCCAUAUUGACGAGGACCACAGAUUGUACGGAACAAGAUUUAAGGGAACUCAGGCAGUUUUUGAAUCAGACAUCACUUGAAAUGAAGAAAGAAUUGGGGAGUUUGACUAACGAGAGAGAGAUGAUUUAUCGAGAAUUGGAAAAAUUACAAAAUGAAAAUGAAAAGCUGGUGGGAAAAUAUACAAUACAUUCACAGCAGUUGCAAAGUGAAGCAAUAAAUCUACCUGAUACUGUUGAGGAAUUACAAGAGCUGCUCCUCAAAAACCAUCAAGACCUAAUUAUCGCUAAAGUAGGCAAAGAAGCAGCAGAAGAGAAAGUGAAUGAUCUGCAAUCCGAUAUAAUGCUACUAAAGAGUCAAAUAGAUCAUGAUCAGCAAGAACGAAAGGCAGUAGAAGAAUCUUUAGAUAUUGAAAUUAAACAAUUAAGGAAAUACAUAGAGAAGCUUGAAAAAGAAAAGAAAUUAUAUUUGGCUAAGAAUGCAGAUGUGAUAGAAAAAGAAGAACGAAUAAAUGAGUUAGAGAAUUUAAUUAAAAAACUUGAAAGUCAAAUCCAAGAACUGAGAUCUAGAGUGCAUUCCUUACAAGAAGAACUUGAAACCAGCGAAACUGUUCAAAGAGAUUUUGUUAAACUAUCACAAAGUUUACAGAUUCAACUAGAAAAGAUUAGAGAAGCUGAUCACCAAGUCCGAUGGCAAUAUGAAGAAGACGUGCAAGAUUGCACCAGUUGCCACACGCCAUUUUCCAAUUCGAAACGAAAACAGCACUGCAAGCAUUGCGGCCAGGUUUUUUGUCCAAACUGUUUAUCCAAAAUUGUCAAAUCAGGGCCCAAUUCUAGACCCUCAAAAGUUUGUGAUGUUUGCCAUACGUUACUAGUCAAAAGUUCCGCUCCUUAUUUUAGUAAGGAACCGCCCAUGACUUGA